AACGUGAGAUUUUUGUAAUCACUCCAUGAAAGCUCUUUUUUAAAGCUAAUUUAGUUUAAUCAUGUGUUUAUGUUAAUUUAUAUGAGUUUACAAUCAAUAUUACUAUCAAAAUGAUUGGCCGGUGUCUGCGUCUGAAUGGAUUUAAAGAAAUUGUAAAAAAUGUAUCUAAUCAAAGUUUUUGUUCAUCUUUAGCCGUGAUUAAAAAUAAUGAGUUAUCUAAUGUUGAAACUAGUCAAUUGGAAAAACAAAAGAUAAUCGAAGAGUUAAUAUCCAAAAACACUGAUGAAUAUUUGGUUUAUGACAAACGUUUGGAUGCCAAUUUGGCCCCUUUCUCUGACAAGGUUGAUCUUGAAUAUUUGGAUGAUUUAAUGCCUCCACUUAAUGCAACCUUUAAUCUGGCUCAUUAUAUUAAUAGGAUGCCGACCCUUCAACGUCUUGUUGAUUUAGGUGUUAAUUUAUACGUUCUUGAACAAGAUCGAGAAAUCGCCCAAUAUUUGAUUCGACUUGAUUUUAAUCGUGAUAUAAAACAGCAUUUGUUAUAUUUAAAGAGUCUCGGUAUAGAAGAUGAUGCACUUGGUACAUGGAUAACUUGUAAUCCUCUCAUAUUUAGAGAAUCCAUUGAAAACUUGAAUAUAAGAUUGGAAUAUUUGAAAAGCAAAAAGUUCACUCAAGAAAUGAUCCAGAUGAUUUUGAUUCGUUAUCCUCCCUUCCUUAGUUUUACAGUGAAAAGGGUUGAUACUGCAUUGGGAUUCUUGCAAAGAGAGUUUCGUUUGACGGGAAAUGAUGUUCGGCAAAUUAUAUCUCAUCAUCCUAAAGUUAUUCAUUUCACUCAUCUCAGAUACAAGGCCAUAUCAUUUGCUCUCAAAGAAGUCAUGGGCUUUAGUGGAGAUCAAAUUCGUAAGAUAAUUGUUGGAGCACCAUCUUGCAUUUAUAGAGAUUGCCCACAUUUGGAAAAGACGUUUGAUCUUCUUCAUGAACGAAAUGGUUACUCAAGGGAACUUAUCGUGAAUUCGCCUUAUUGUUUAACUGCUCAAUUAAGUAUGUUGGUGGCUCGCAUCAAUUAUCUCAAACUCCUGAAUCUUUUCCAACCGGACCCGAAAAAACCUUGUUUCACAGCUUUAGAUGAUCUCUGUGUUGUCAGUCUUCCUGUCUUCAUAGAGAAAUGUGCGAAAACUUCUGUUUUAGAUUUUAUUAAAUAUACCAAAUCUUGUUAAACUCGUGUAUUAGCAUUAAAUGCAUUUAAAUCUCAUGCUUUGAA